UACACAACUUUCCUAUAUAAACAAAUUCUCAUUCAAUAUUCCAUCCAAUAAUAUCCCCAAACACCCCAUUUCAAUUCCCCUUCCAUUUCGCCAUGGGAAGAAAGCUUGACGCUCUUCUUGGUAGGAAUUUCAGAGCCUCCAAAUUUCGCCCUCUUCUCAAUCUCUCCCUCUCUCGUCUUUCUAUUCUCACCGCCCAACGCCGUCUCCGGUGCUCUCAGGCCAAUUCCGAUGUCCUUCAACUCCUUCAACUCUCCCACCACCACCGCGCUUUACUUCGAGUCGAGAAAGUCAUUAAGGAUCAGAAUGCUCUGGAUGCUUAUGUUUUAAUUGAAGGCUACCUUAAUCUCUUGCUUGAAAGAACCACUCUCCUCGAACAACAAAGUGAGUGCCCUGAAGAAUUGAAAGAGCCAGUUGCAGGAUUACUCUUUGCAGCCUCAAGAUGUGGGGAUUUCCCUGAACUUCAUGAGAUCAAAUCAGUUUUGACCACUCGUUUUGGCAAGGAAUUCACUGCUCGUGCUGUUGAAUUACGCAACAAUUGUGGAGUUAAUCUUUCGUUAAUGCAAAAACUUUCCACAAGGCAGCCCCCUUUGGAGACUAGAGUGGAGGUCCUCAAAUCCAUUGCUUCCGAGAAUGGGAUUGUAUUGCAAUUUGACCAGCUUCCUCAUUCCAAUGAGGAAAAAGUAGCGAGAAGCGGGAGGCAAAGCGAGGCAGAGGGGCGGAGUGAAGAAUUUUCAAAUGAAGUGGCAUCUGAUUCUAAAAAAACGUACAAAGAUGUGGCGGAUGCAGCACAAGCCGCUUUUGAAUCAGCAGCUCAAGCAGCAGCUGCUGCACGAGCUGCCAUGGAGCUCUCCCGAUCCCAUGAGGGUCCAAGCAGCCCGAGUAAGCCUGGCUCUGGAACCACUCCACAUAACAAACAAAAGAAAGAGAAAACAGAGGUUGAAUCUAAAGUAAAACAAGAAAUGGAGGAAUAUGGAAAUGGGAGGAGAGGAGAAGGAGAAGGAGAAGAAGAAGAAGGGGGGAAAAUGGGAGGGGAUGAAAUGGAUGAGGAGAGAACUUCAAAUACUAAAAAUGGGUUGAAGAUGGAAACAAAGGUAGAGAAAACAGAGGUAAGUGAGAAGGGAAGCUUUCGUUUAAAUCUGGAGAAGAAACCAAUUUCAGUAAGAACAAGAAGAGUACGAGGAUAGUGAACAAGAACAAUAUAAAUGUCGUUCAUAUAAUUGGGUUUGCUUUUGGAUUCUUUCAUCAUAUAUAUAUAUAUAAUAUAUUUUUUGAUUUGUAGGAAUAUCAUGGAAAUUGUGUAAUUAUGUGGUUUGGGAAUUCUGGUAUGGUAUGAUAAAUACAACGUUUUUGUUUGUUCUACAA